AACAGCUGUCGGCAGCCAUGCCCGAAGAUGACGGACGUGGUGGUGCUGGAGGGGCAGCUCAAGUGGCGGGAGGGGAAGAAGUGGAAGAGCCGGUGGCUGGUCCUGCGCAAGCCGUCUCCUGUGGCCGACUGUUUGCUCCUCCUGGUGUACAAGGAAAGGUCUGAAUGUCUCCGAGGGCUGAAGGAGCGGAGCAGCGUGACCUUGGAGGACAUCUGUGGCUUGGACCCCGGGCUUUGCUACGAGGGGCUGACCCACACCCUGGGCAUUAUCUGUCUCACCCAGGUGGUGAUGCUGGGCUUUGAGAGCAAGGAAACCAUGCACACCUGGGAUGCGCACAUCCGCUACAGUUUAGGAGAAGUCCAUCGAUUUCAUGUCGUGGUAGCACCUGGAACCAAACUGGAAAGUGGCCCAGCGACUCUUCACUUCUGCAACGACAUCCUGGUAUUGGUGAACGAUGUCCCACCGGUCAUCAUGGGACAGUGGAAGCUCUCGGACCUUCGGCGCUAUGGAGCCGUUCCUAAUGGAUUUGUUUUUGAAGGCGGGACACGAUGCGGCUUCUGGGCCGGAGUCUUUUUCCUCUCAUGCACGGAAGGAGAAAAAAUCAGCUUUCUCUUCGACUGUAUUGUUCAUGGCAUCUCUCCAACCAAAGGCUUCCGGCGUGCGCUAGCAGACCCCAACCCGAGUCCCGCCUGCACAGAAGAAAGGGUGGCCUACGAGGCUUCCAAGUUGGAGAAGCGCCUCAGCCUGCUCUCCCACAGCGGCUGCCAUGGCAGCGGAGGGGAUGACCGGAGCUUGUCCAGUGCAUCCUCGGACACCAGCCACUCUGAUGCCAGCUUCGGGAGCAGGUUGACUCUCUGGCCCGAGCAGUCAUCUGCCGGCACUUCCCAGGAGUCUCGCGGACCAGCGGCAGCAGCAGCAGCAGCAGAGAAGCUGCAAUCAGACGGAGCCCAGGGGGCCGGCAAGCUGCCCCCCAGCCUCCUGCGCUCCAGGCAGCUCCAAGAAAUUGGCCGGCAGAGCUCCUCUGACAGCGGGAUAGCGACUGGCAGCCACUCCUCUUAUUCGGGAAGCUUCUCUUCCUACGCGGGGAGCCUCGACAUUUGCCACGGGGAUGAGUUUGGGUCCCUGCUGAGUCUCUCACUCAGCUUCCCUUCUGACCGGAAUGUUUGCAGCUGCCUGCCAGGGGAGCCGGGCAGGAGCCCCGGCCCGGAGUACCAGGCCCCCAGCUGGCUCCGGCACACCUACGAUACACCCCGAAGUUUGCUCGCGGCAUCUACAACAGGUAUCCUCGCCUCUGCUGCGGACGCCGGCCUGUCCAAGGCCCAGACCUCCAAAGGGGACGUGAAAUGGCCAGCCCCACAUCUGGAGAGGGAUGCCGCCUCCAGGCCAAGCCAAGACAAGGACCCGCAGGGCGUCUUCCCACUGGGAAGCACCAAAGGCUCCUUUCCGGAGACACAGCUCAGGGAGCUGGUCCAGGGCCAGGACUGGAAAGGGCCCGAGGUUGUUCCGUGCGCCUCCAGAAGUUCUUGUGAACUGUGCAGCUCCCCUUCCGAGGCGAAACUGGCUCUCUUCCCAGCUUGCCCAGUCUGUGGCGGGAUACAGGAGACUUCAAUUUUAUCGUCCCAAAUGUUGGCACCCAACCUAGAACUCCCACUUUCGGAGCAAUCGCAUGGUGACAUGGCAACUUACGUGAAUAUCCCCACAAGUCCCACAGCAAAGAAGCAACUCCAUUACAUGGAGGUGGAGCUUCAGGAACCCAGCAGGAGCAUUCGAGGCAGUGACACCACAAAAUACGCCCAGAUUGACAUCACCGCCACGGAGACGGCCCAUAAGGUGGGCACCCAGCACGCCCACUUUCGAGAAAAGGAACUGGAGAAGAAAGACGGCGGACCACCCGGUUCUUCCUAAGGGGAGCAGAAAUUCGCCACCUACCUGCGCUCGCCCUUCCAAAUGCCGUCCCUGCCAUUCAGAUCAGGACGAGAUUCAUUCCAAUGGACUCAUUUUCCAGCAGGACAACUGGCAGCAUGGCUGAUGUGUGCGCCAAAGCCGCUCGUUGCAAAGAUGGCACGACGCCUGUGGCGAUUCUCCGUCAUCCACGUCCAUGGUUUGUCCCAAGGGGGCUUUUUUUCCAAGAGGCAACUGGACUUGCUUUGAAGAUGUUUCGCUUCUCAUCCAAGAAGCUUCUUCAGCUCCGACUGGAUGGCGGGGAACGGAAGGAUUUACACUCCUUGCAGACAGGCUGGUCAUUUGCGUCCUUUUAGAGGGUCGUUGAGGCCACUUGGAGGUUGAUCUGUGUCCUCAGAGUCACCUGAGUGGUGCAAAUGGGGGUGGAAUUGCUGGAAGGAGCUGUGUUGUAGAUUGGAGAUAGAUGAUGUCAUAUCCCUCCCCCUGUGUUGAGGGAGGGCCGUCAAUUUUGACACAGAUGGCCUCUUUGACCCCCUCUUCCAAACCAGCAGUUCUCUCUCUCCCUAAAAAAGGGGGAUCUUUGGCACGCAAGGCAUUAGGUACCAAAAACGGUUAAAUCGAGGCAUUUUGAGGACUCCCGCGUCCAAGAAAAGUGACUAGAACAAAAAUAUGCACAAAACGCAGGUCUGUACAGUGUACGUAUUGUUCCGAUUGCUUUUGUUAAGAGACAAAAUGGCUUUGGGUUGUUAUUGUUGUUAUUAUUAUUAUUUGUUUUUCGAAAAGCCGAAGGACACCUCUGCGUGAUUAGGAUCAGGCCAUGGGAUGAGGAGUGAGCAGCAUGAAACAAACCCACUUUUAAUUUUGCCUUCUUGUGUUACUGGGCACUUCUGGCUGGGGCGCACGCGUGUAGAAAGCAGUGAUCUCCAAACUUGGUCACUUUAAGACCUGUGGACUUGAACUCCAUGCUGGCUGAGGAAUUCUGG